AUGGUCUUCAAGAUUUCUAAUCUUUCUUCUGGUGAAGGCAACUCAAUAUACAAGGUUUUGUCCAAUCUCCCUGGUCUUAACAUUGCCGGAUCAAUCAUAUCGGGUCUAUUGGUGGCACCAAUUACAAACACACCCUUUCUGUCAUUCAACCCAUCCAAUUCAGUCAACAACGUAUUCACCACUCUGGAGCUUGACUCGGACAUUGAAUUGUCUCUUCGCGGUACCAAGGCAUCCAAUUCAUCAAAGAAUAUAAUACAUGGAGUAGAUGCUCGGGCUCUUUGGAAAACUUGUCGCACGGCUCUUUCUGAUUCACCAACAUAUUUGUUUAAGAGCUCUGGACCUUUAAUAGAAAUAAAGUUUGCUCUUGAUUCAUUGGCAACAGCUUUUGCAAGCAAAGUUUUACCACAUCCAGGAGGACCCCACAUCAAGACACCAGCAGGUGCAGCAAUACCCACUUUCAAAUAA